AUGUAUCGGAAAGUCAUGAUUAUGCGAGAUUCACCACUUAGAGAAACAGACCACUGGCCGAUAGGACCACCACCAACAGAGGAGCACAUUCAGUCCUUCUUACGCCGAAUGAGAAAUGGUACUGCUGCCGGUGUCGAUACAGUAAAUGUGGAAUUGCUCAAGGCCGCACCAGAACCGCUCAUUAAAGAACUUACUGAACUAAUAAGUGACAUCUGGUUCCAAAACAAAGUUCCAUCAGAAUGGUUGACAACCAUACAGAUACCGAUCCCGAAAAAAGGGCGACCAAAACGGAUUGAGGAUUUUAGAAGAAUCACACUGUGUUCCGUUGCAUACAAGCUGGAUUUCAACGGAACAGAUCGAAUCAUCAACGCUUGUCUCUACGAGGAAACAAUAUUACAAGAUAAUGGAUGCAGGACAACAAAGUACCGCAAAACGACAGGCGUUAAACAGGGGUGUCCUCUUUCUCCCAAUCUGUUCGUUAUUAUACUCCAUGCGAUCUUGGAAACAGUUACAGCAGUCUUGGGCAACUACGACCUUAGCGGAAUUAAUCUAUCACUUCCUCUUCUCCUAGCAUAUGCCGAUGAUUUGAUACUGCUGACAGACAACAAAAAUGACCUCGACCGAUUCGUAGAAGAAUUUUCAGAUGUAGCUCAGGAGGUAGGACUUCGUAUCAACCCCGAGAAAUGCGAGCUGUUAAUCCGAGAUCCACACAAAGUCGAAUUGAACGAUGUACCAACGCUUCAAGUGGGCAAACUAAACAUCAAAGUAGUGGAGAAAAUGAAAUACUUGGGCACAUACAUAACCAGCAAUCUAAACCGGCCUUUGGUAGUACGCGACAGAAUCAAAAUGGCAUAUAAAAUUACGCAUUCACUUCUGCCGUUCUUACGCUUGCACAAACUUCCAAUGAACUUAAUAACGAAAAUAUACAAUACCGUUAUCGCACCAGUAGCUAUAUAUGGAUUGAAAGCAUCAACGAUGACACGCCGAAACAGAAUCUCGCUUACAAAUAUGGAACGUCAGAUACUACGAAUUAUGUCCGAUACGUCGAGUGACAAGCCAUCCAGCACGCAACCAAAAAUAAUGCUACAAAAUAAAACGAUAGUCAAAAGGGUGAUGGUUCAACGAAUACGCUACCACCGGCACAUUGAACGAAGACCACACGAUCAUAUUCUUAAAGUCGCGAGACGCUUUCGAAUCAAUAGCAAGUACAAAGUGGGUCGGCCGUGUUUCAUAUGGGAAGACACAUUACUUAAAGAAGCAGCAAAAUCGGGAACCACCGAUCUGUUACCAAAUGUGGGAGACGACGAAUUCGAUAUGAAAGCUGUAGAACAGGCCAUAUACGACGGCAAUAUAUCCGAAGAAGAAGAAGAAUAA